AUUUCGAAUUACGAAGAUUAUUUUUAAGACCUAAAAGUAGUUCGAAAUCGUAUGAUAACGAUGAUGAUUAUGAUCUCAGUGAUUAUAAUUCAGGAUCAUUAUCAAAACAAAUGUCAUCCCAAGAUAGCAUUCCGAUAAGUAGCUCAAAAUCAAAGAGCGAUGAUAAUUAUGGUCUUGGUG